AUGAGGGCGCCCGCGCUGCUGCCGCCCGCGCUGCUGACCUGCUGCGGCUGGCUGCUCGCCCCCGUGAACAGUGUUCACCCAGAAUGUCGAUUUCAUCUGGAAAUACAGGAGGAAGAGACAAAAUGCACAGAGCUUCUAAGGACUCAAACAGGAAAAUACAAAGCCUGCACUGGUGUCUGGGACAACAUUACCUGCUGGCGCCCCGCGGACAUCGGCGAGACCGUCACCGUACCCUGUCCCAAAGUGUUCAGCAACUUUUACAGUAAACCAGGAAACAUAAGCAAAAACUGCACGAGUCACGGCUGGUCAGAGAUGUUUCCCAACUUCGUGGACGCGUGCGGCUCUGGUGACACCGAGGACGACAGCAAGAUGACGUUCUACGUUCUGGUGAAAGCCAUUUACACGCUGGGCUACAGUGUCUCUCUGAUUUCCCUUUCCACCGGAAGCCUCAUUCUUUGCCUCUUCCGGAAGCUGCACUGCACCCGGAACUACAUCCACCUGAACCUGUUUGUCUCCUUCAUCCUCCGAGCCGUCUCCGUGUUGGUCAAGGACGGUGUGCUGUACUCCAGCUCGGGCACAGGGCACUGCCCCGACCAGCCGUCCUCCUGGGUCGCCUGCAAGCUGAGCCUGGUGUUUUUCCAGUACUGCAUCAUGGCGAACUUCUACUGGCUCCUGGUGGAGGGACUGUACCUCCACACCCUCCUGGUGGCCAUAUUCUCCCCCAGCCGGCGUUUCGUGGCCUACCUCCUGAUUGGAUGGGGCAUCCCCACCGUCUGCAUAGCUGCAUGGACGGCAGCCAGGCUCUCCUUAGAAGACACAGGUUGCUGGGAUACCAAUGACCACAGUGUUCCCUGGUGGGUUAUACGAACACCAAUUUUGAUAUCUAUUAUAGUCAACUUUGUCCUUUUUGUUAGCAUUAUACGGAUUUUACUACAGAAGCUGACGUCCCCAGAUGUCGGUGGCACUGACCCGUCACAGUACAAGAGGCUCGCCAAGUCCACGCUGCUGCUCAUCCCGCUGUUCGGAGCCCACUACAUGGUGUUUGCCGUGUUUCCUAUCGGCGUCUCCUCCAAGUAUCAGAUUCUGUUUGAGCUGUGCAUGGGAUCAUUUCAGGGCCUGGUGGUGGCUGUUCUAUACUGCUUUCUCAACAGCGAAGUGCAGAGCGAGUUGAAAAGGAAGUGGCGCGGCCUGUGCCCCGGAUGGCCCUGCGGCCUGGACCACAGGCUCCGCCGCGCGUCUGUCUCGAGGAAUGACUGGGAGAACGCCCUGCAGUUCCACCGCGGCUCCCGUGCCCCAUCCUUCCUGCAGACGGAGACCUCGGUCAUCUAGAUGGGCGCCCCAUUGCAGAUGGACGGACGUGGGCAGCCGCAGGCCAGCCUCCCCCGGCGGGAGAGCCCUGGCGGGUGACUCGGGUGACUCCGCAGAGCUGGUCUCUGCCUGUCCCCUCCGUGGAGCUGGGGCUCCGUGGGCACCAGCUGGGACUUCAGUCUGAUCCCUGUUAAACGUCAGUAUGUAGGCAGUUUUGCUCGUAAUGCUGUUUGGCCAAGUAGAGGGACCUGUUUUCAGAGAGAACAGGGAGACAGAAGCGGUCUCUGAAAUGGGACACAGUGGCCCAGAACUUGGCUCCAUCCACUCCACCCUGGAAGGAAAAAAGGUGGGUUUCUAAUGGUGCCAGUUCUGGGCAGGGGGCAAAGGCCUGAGCUGGGGGCUGGAGC